AUGUCGCUCCGAGCAGCCGUUCUGAACGCUGCACUGCCGCACGUGAACCGGACGAGCUUCACUCGGCGUGCGCUCGUCGACGCGAUGCGCUCGCUGCCGUCUUCCUCAACCGUCGCCAACGCUACGGAAACGCCUGUCCUCGAUGCUUCGCCUUCUGCUUCUACCUCCGCCCCGCCAGCCGGACUGACGUCGUCUUCGCCCGAGUCGGCGGAGACGUCUGAUCAGGGUCUCUCCGAGACCGCCGCCGAAAAUGCGCUCGACGUGCUCUUCGGUCCCGGUCUCGCUCCUGCUCGUGCUCUCGUCGAUGCCUGGUGUGCCCAGGGCCUGGCUCAGAUGACGCCCGGCGGCGGCAGCAGGAGGGUGGACGAGGUACUCUUCGACCCCCUCUCUCGACGUCUAUGGCAUAGCGCCUCGGCGGGCAACUCGCUCCUCGACGCCCACGCCCUGCUUGCGACGAACCACACCGUUGGCCCGUCAUCCAUCCCCAUUCCGCCGGGCGCGACCACCCUCUUGCAGACGUUCAGCAACAUCCUUCCCCUCCCCGGAUCUCGUGCCGGUCCUUACGGCGCCAACACCGAGAUCAACACGAUGACGGCGCUCAACCUCGGUCGCAUUCCGACGCCGCCGAAUCCGCUCGCUGGCGUGCAGUAUGCUUGGCAGAUUGCUGACCGCGCCGUCAACGUUGCCAGGCCGAACCGCGGAAAGGGCGAGAUGAGGGAAGACCGCGGAUUCGGCACCGAGUGGUACGCUACGCGCGUCGCUGUCAUGAUGGCGUACCUUGAGGCUGAGCCAGCUUGGCCAAAGCUGACGACAGAAUCGCACCUGCUUCAGCCGCUCCCGCCUCUCCCGACCGAGUCCCCGGCAGCCACCGCGGACGCGAACCCGCAGCUCGGCCCGGCUCUGUCGGCGCUGCGCUCGAACCUGCGCAAGAUGGACGAGUAUGCUGGUGUCGCGGGCAGCAUUGAGGGCGCGGCCGGUAGUGCCAUCUCCCUCAUUGAGGAGUUUGGACGGAGCGUCGCUGGUAUCAUCCGCAGCCGCGGCUUCUAA